AUCCAUUUGCAAAAAGUUCCCCUGCCGUGCGCAGAACGAAAGUCAAAGAUGUUCCAUUAUAUAUGAUUGAUGCAUCCAAGGAAAAUCCUCACUUAGCUCAAAAACUACAUGAUGUUCUAAUUGAAAGUGGUGUCAUUGCUCCUCCAAAUUUAUUUUCUGAAUUUAUAACGAGUUAGGCUCCCCAACUGAAGAAAAAGAUGAACACAAACCAGAAAGUGGACAGGAGACUACUUUACCUCACCACAGAGUUCAUCCGAAAGGAAGUUCAAGCAGCCAGCCAGAGCACUCUAAGCCUGUUGAAGGUUUAGGAAUAAACCACCUUCUUGAUCCGAAGUUAGCAGCUGUACAACAUACACCAUCCCAGGUAAUAGAUGGGAAAAAUAUUCCAGUUGCGGCGGCUGCAGCAGCAGCUGCUGCUGUUGUUGCUACCUCUAUGGUAGCUGCUGUAGCAAAGUCAAACACUGACUCGAACAUUGAGCUUUCAGUAGCUGCAGCGGCCACUGCAACUGCUGCAGCUGUAGUAGCAACCACUGCAGCUGUCAGCAAACAGUAUGAGCAAGGCAGUCGAAGUGACGGACACAUGGAUGGCACUGCUUAUGAGCCGAAGGGUAGUGGUGAUGGUGAGAAUAUUGUGGUAGGAGCAAAUUCAGGUGAUAGAAUAUCUGAUAGAUCUAUAGUAAGCAAUGACAGUAUAAAAUCUGAUUUUAUAUUAGAUGAUGUUGCCAAAUAUGACAUUCCGUUGGAGGAAAUUACACUGGCUGAACGUAUCGGACUUGGAUCGUAUGGGGAGGUAUACCGUGGUAAAUGGCGUGGAACAGAAGUUGCUGUAAAAAGAUUUCUUGAUCAAGAUAUAUCUGGUGAAUCACUUGAAGAAUUCAAAAGUGAGGUAAUAUUUCAUUAGCGUCUCUUUUUGUAGGUUCUACUCAUAUGUUUAUCUUUGUUGAUGAAUGAUUUCAUUUAGUACACAUUUACAACUAUCAGAUGUGAUUUUUAUGCUCCAUAAUGACAUAUCAGAUUGCUGCAAUACUUUAUUUAGAUUGUUAUUGUAUUUGUCCCAGGCUAAUUUGAAAUUUGGAUUAAAUACUUUGUCCUGUUGAAUUGCCUUUUUUUAGAAGUUCUUGAUGAAGAUUGACCAUUUCAAAGCUCUUUGAUGUAAUCCUUGUUUUAUUUCUCCAACAUUUUAUAGCUUCUAUUGUUGUUAUAUAGUUCCAUCUUGUGUGUUUCUCUCUAUGAAUAGAUUUCCUAAUGCAAUUUGAGAAUAUAGUGGUGCAUGAAUGUAUAUAUAAGAGAACAUAUAUAUAUGGAAAG